AUGCCUUCUUUGCUUCGCCUUUUCUUCCAGAUUGAGUUUGAUAUCGCAGUCCAGGUGCCUUCGGACCACAGCCCGGCCUUGGUGCUCAACGGGACCGAGCUGAGACGUCUGCAGGAGCGAGUCAAGCAGUUGGAGGUUGAAAAGCAGCAGCAGACAGAAGUCUACAAUCAAGCCAGGCAGCAGCAUAUCAAGCUCAUCCAAGAACGCAAGGACAUGAACGCCGAGAUCCAGCUGCUGGAGAAGCUUUGCAACCAGCUUAUGAUGAGAAGGUUCGGAAGGGAGGUGGAUCUGGAGGUUCUGCAAACGCUAUCCGGUAACAGGACAGUUGAGGAACUGAAGCAGGAGAAACUCCUUCAAGAAGCCGCGUACGCCAAAGAAAUCCAACAGUGGGAUGUCAAAGUCGAAAAAGCUCGCGAGGCUCUGAUGGAGAUGACAAGGAGCAACACGGAGCGACUCCUCUGCUUGAAUAGUCUCUUCGAGCAGAGGAAGGAGCUGGAGCGCAAACUCGACGCAAGACAGAAGAAAAUUGGCAAACAGCUUCAAGAGUGCAGCAGGCGAGCUGACAGAAACGAAAUCUUGAGUCUUCAAGAGCUGGUGAGAAAGCAGUCGCAGCAGUUGGAGAAUCUCAGAAGAGAAAUCAUCCUUCUGUCCCAUCAAGGAGCCGAUGGCCUCGCCAGCAGCCAAACUAAGCUGCCUCCACUUGCUCAUUUCACCAACACAACAGUUCAGAAACACGCAAGGAAACCAGGUAAAGCAAAUUUAAACAGGAGAGACAGGAAGGCAUACGACUGAACAUGUACAGUGAGGUCACAAAAGGAGACAACUCCUCAAGGCCAUCAAGCACCGACCCCAAUGUCAAUUAUUCAUUCAGAUUUUUGUUUUUUUGUAUUUGUUGUGCUUAUUUGCAAUCCACAAGUUCUGAUUUGAAAUCGACAAGGACGGAAAAAAAAACCUAAACAAAAACAAGCUGUUGUACUGUCAACGCCAAUGCAAUGCAUUCAUAAAUUACAACAAUCCAUCCAUCAUCCAACCAUGCAUUUUGUUGUGCUCAUCAAAACAAGAGUUGUGUAAGAUUGACAAAUGCAUUUUUCCUUGGGACUACUCGACUUACUUUUCACUGUACUUUUUUUUUUUU